AUGUCGACCGUCAUCCUUGGAGGAGGUAUCAUUGGAGCCUCAAUUGCUUACUACCUAUCUGCCAACCAGCCAGAAGGCGAUAUUCACAUCGUUGAGCAAUCCCCAGAGCUUUUCACCGCAGCCUCGGGAUAUGCCGCAGGUUUUUUAGCUAGAGAUUGGUUCGAGCCAUCUCUUGCCCCUCUUGGUGCUAUGUCUUUCGACUUGCACCAUGAGCUCGCCGCAGCGGAAGGCGGAGACAAAAAAUGGGGAUUUAUGAAAGGAACAGCGUUCAACUUGGAUACCGUCGCUCAACGCAAGCGAGGGGGUCCCCGCGGUGAUGAUUGGUUGCGAACGGGCACUAGUAGAGCAGAGACUGCGGCUGGCUCCGAGGAUACCACUCCGGUUGAGUUUCCGGAAUGGUUGACGAUGCAGAAAGAGGGAAUACUGGAGAAAAUCAGCCAGGGUGAAACCGUGGCUCAAGCAGAUCCAUUGCGGCUGAGCCAAUUCCUCAUUGACGGUGCUAUCUCCCGAGGCGCUAAGCUUCAUAACCCAGCCCAGGCCACCGAAGUGGUCAAGGAUGCGAGCGGCACGAUUACAGGCGUCAAAAUCGUGUCUUUGGAUUCCAAGAAGGAAUCAAUAAUUCCGUGUACGAACCUUGUUCUGAGCAUGGGGCCGUGGACACCACAGGUCCUUAGAGAGCUGUUCCCCUCUUCUCAGGUAUCAUUCGAUAUAACGCCUUUGGCUGGCUAUUCAUUGGUCCUUCGAUCCCCUCGGUAUACAAUGGAGCACGAGAGAAAUGUUUACCGUGGAAGCAGCCAUGCUGUAUUUACAACACACCCUCCGUCGUGCGGGUUUAGCCCAGAGAUCUUCCUCAGGGAAGGCGGGGAGAUUUAUAUCGCCGGUCUUAACAACCCCGCCAUGAAGCUUCCACCCCGUGCCGGUGAUACUACCCAGCUUUUUGAUCCCGCCGAGAUUCGAAAGCUCAAAGAUGUUGCAAUUCGUUUAAUGGGGGAUCUUCCCAAGGGUACAAAGGAGGCUACCGACGAGAAGGCCAACACAGAUGACUUGGAGAUUAUCCGUGAAGGGCUGUGCUUCCGCCCGGUGGGAAAUACUGGUGUUCCUACAAUUGGAAGAAUUGGAGAUUACUCUUUGGGAAGUGUGAAAGCAAACCCCAAGGGAGGCGUCUUCAUAGCCGCUGGCCACGGAGCGUGGGGAAUCUCUUUGAGCCUGGGAACUGGAAAGGUUGUUUCUGAGAUGAUCAAAAAGCAAAAGCUCUCUGUGAAUGUGAGCGGCUUGGCGGUUCAGGACAAAGUUCCUAGUUCCAAGCUGUGA